GUGUGUGUGUGAGAGAGAGAGACACGCGCUCUCUCCUAGUGCACUUUGCAGUAAGUUGCGGGCGGCUGUUGCUGGCGUGGCGGUAGCUGGUCGCGCAGGGAACUUUAACACGCUGGAUCCCAAAGUCCGUCUCUCUCACCUGCGCAGUUCGGAGCUGCCAUGGAUUUCGCGGCCGGAUUUACUAUCCUAAUCACACUGCCGAUCUUUCUGCAGACGAACGGCCUUUAUAUCUCCAGUAGCAUAGAUUCCCUGCAGCACGUUCUGGGGGACUAUGGACUGGUGAAGCCCGUUCUUACUGAUGCAGAAGGCCGCUUCCUGUCCCAUGCGGUAUCGGUUGGUCCAGCAGAUGGGCAGUUCCGUAGGCGCUGGAGAAGAGAGGCGGCAUCGGCCGACCACGCCCACCAUGAGUCCGGAGGAGGCACGCCAGAGCGACUCUACUACAACGUCACUGUCUUCGGCCGGGAAUUUCACCUGCGUCUGCACCGCAACGCGCGCCUGGUGGCUCCCGGAGCCAAGAUGGAGUGGCAGGAAUCCGACGGCACGCACUCCGAGCCAUUGAAAAGCGACUGCAUGUAUGUUGGUGACAUUACGGACAUACAGGGAGCCUCCGUAGCUAUUAGUAACUGCGAUGGCCUGGCAGGGAUGAUCAGAACUGAGCAGGAGGAGUUUUUCAUUGAGCCAGUGGAAACGGGACAUCAUGUGAUUGAGCAAGAGGAAGAGGACGGGGGUCGUUCUCACAUUGUGUACCGUUCCGCCGCCGUGAAGAAGCCACCUGUUAGCUCACUAGCUGCAGACUUUCACUCCAAAGGUGCUGAUAUGGGCGGACUGCUGGACCUUGAGACUCUGUAUCAGGGUGUUGAACGCAGCAUUAACCAGACCCGACGAGCCCGCAGACAGCUGCCGGAACGAAUCUACAACAUUGAGGUUUUGCUGGGGGUGGACGACUCCGUGGUGCAGUUUCACGGGCAGCAGAAAGUGGAGAAGUACCUUCUCACUCUUAUGAACAUCGUGAACGAGAUCUAUCAUGACCAUUCUCUUGGUGCACGAAUAAACGUGGUGCUAGUUCGGAUUGUUUUGGUCGAUGCCAGAAAAUCCUCGAGCCUCAUUGAGCUGGGAAAUCCUUCUCAGAGUCUGGAGAAUGUGUGUCGAUGGGCUUUCGAACAGCAGAGGAAGGACACUAAUGAUAAAGAAUACCAUGAUCAUGCCAUCUUUCUCACUCGUCAAGAGUUUGGACCCACAGGGAUGCAGGGUUACGCUCCUGUCACAGGCAUGUGUCAUCCCGUACGGAGCUGCACUCUCAACCAUGAGGACGGUUUCUCGUCUGCUUUUGUUGUGGCGCAUGAAACCGGCCACGUUUUGGGAAUGGAGCAUGAUGGUCAGGGGAAUCGUUGUGGAGAUGAGGUGCAGAUGGGGAGCAUCAUGGCCCCACUGGUGCAGGCGGCUUUCCACCGCUUCCACUGGUCCCGCUGUAGUCAACAGGAACUGGGCCGCUACCUGCAUUCAUAUGAUUGUCUCCGUGAUGACCCGUUCGAGCACAAAUGGGAGGAGCUUCCACACCUGCCGGGGCUGCAUUACUCCAUGCACGAACAGUGUCGCUUUGACUUCGGGGCCGGAUACAUGAUGUGCACAGCGCUGCAAAAGGUGGGGCCAUCAGGAGCCCAGUAUCGCCCCUUUGACCCCUGUAAGCAGCUUUGGUGCGCUCACCCAGAUAACCCCUUCUUCUGCAAGACCAAAAAAGGUCCACCCAUUGAUGGCACUAAAUGCGGUGAUGGGAAGAAUUGUUUUAAAGGCCACUGUAUGCAGUUGACCCCAGACAUCAUAAAGCAGGAUGGAAGCUGGGGGAUGUGGAGUGAGUUUGGCGCCUGCUCUCACCCCUGUGGAAGGGGACUACAGUUUCGCACACGAGCUUGUGACAAUCCUCGUCCAGCUAACGGUGGACGUACUUGCUCCGGCCUAAGCUAUCAGUUCCAGAUUUGUAAUACGCACGAGUGUGAAGACCCGUAUAACGACUACAGAGCCGAGCAAUGUAGCAUGAUGGACAACAAGUUUGAGUACCAGAAUACCUGGCACCACUGGCUGCCUUAUGAACACCCCGACCCUAAGCAACGCUGCAAACUGUACUGUCAAUCCAAAGAAAUGCGAGCUGUAGUCAACAUGCAGACCCUGGUGGAACCUGGAACAGGAUGUUCCUACAAAGAUCCCUACAGUGUGUGUGUGGCCGGAGACUGUGAGAAAGUGGGCUGUGAUAAUGUGGUUGGAUCAGCUCUACAGGAAGAUAAGUGUGGCGUCUGCGGGGGAAACGGAACCAAGUGCAAGACUCACAAGUUUAACUUCACCUUUGUAGAGAAGAAAGGUGUCAUUAAAGUGCUUGAAGUUCCCAGAGGGGCAAGACAUCUUUUCAUCCAGGAACUUAAUGGGACUACUCACAUUUUAGCUGUCAGGAAUAAAGCGUCAGGUGAUUUCUUUCUCAACGCUCAUGGAGACUACCCAGAGACACGCUCAGUUAUUGAAAAAGGUCUGGAAUGGGAGUAUGAAAAUAAAAACAACAAGGACACCAUUCAAACCAGUGGACCCUUGAAAAAUGAUGUGGUUGUCAUGAUCCGAAUGCAUGGAUCAGCCAAGGUGAAGGUGUCGAUCAAAUACAUCACUGAUAAUGACAGACUGAGUGAUGGUGCCAAUGAGAAUAACAUGGUCCCUGAUAAUGCAGUGCCAUAUUCCUGGGUGGUGAAGAGAUGGACACCCUGUUCCAAGACCUGCGGAGGAGGUAUUCAGAUGACACGUUAUGGCUGCCGUAAGAAUGCAGAAAUGAGGACGGUCCAUCGCAGAUUCUGUGAGAAAAUAAAGCAGCCUCCGCCUCUGUUUAGAGACUGUUACUUGAGAGAGUGUGCUCAGCCCAUCUGGGUGGCUGGAGAGUGGGGUGAAUGCAGUAAGUCUUGUGGGAAGAUGGGAACUCAGACACGUUCCGUACGCUGCGUCCAACCUCUUGGUGACGGCAAAUUCAAAUCCAUCCGUAGUCGCUACUGUAGCGACGAGCGCCCAGAGUCCCGCAGAGACUGCAAUCGAAACCUAUGCCCUGCUGAGUGGAGACUGGGCCCUUGGUCACAGUGCUCAGUGACGUGUGGUAAUGGUACGCAGGAGAGGCAGGUGCUUUGUCAUACCCGUGACAACACCAUCGGACUCUGUCUGGACUCCAAACCUGCUGCAAUGAGACCCUGCAGAAUGGAUCCCUGCCCAAGGAGCACUUCCGACUUCAACAAGCACGGCAACUUCCUGAUACAGUGGUUGUCGCGCCACGACACCAAAUACCCCGUGCAGAGGAUGUCAAGUAAAGCGUCUCUCUCCAGCCACGUCGUGGCGCUGCGUUGUCUCACCUCUCUCAGCUGGACCUUCCCUCUGUCUCUCUGCCUGGCUUUACAAGGCAAACUCCCCUGACUGCCUCCCUCUUCCGAGGCUUGCACGCUUCUUUUUCCUGGGUGGUGGUCCUCUUUUAUGGGGCGUUUCCGAUAGGGGGAGGUUUCUCUGUUUCUCUCUCUCUCUGUCUCUCGCUCUAUCUCUCUCUCUCCUUCGUGGAGCUCUGUGUUGUGAACGCUGGCCAGUAAGAAAUUGUUGACAAAACAAAACAUGUAAAAAAAAAAAAAAAUUCAGGGGAUGUUCGUUAAAGGAGGGACUUUGUGAUUGGACAGGCAGCUUGCGGAGCUAAUGAUUGCGCUGAGGUUUCCGCAGGGGCGACGCAUUUGUUUGAAUCACUGCCCUCUGCAAGCUGUUUCCAUAUGGCUCACGCUCUCAAGGCAGACGCCGUUUUACAGAGGCGCCGCCUGAGCUGCAGGUGUGAAGGCGAAAAAAUGAACAUGAAAAGUGGCUAAAAGAUUAAAAAACCAAAAAAAAACAAACAAAAAAAAUGACAAAAAAAAAAAAACUAAAGCUUUAUUGUGAAUGUGAACUUGUCACAAUGAGGAAAUCUUUGCUAAGUGCUCAUUCCACAUCCUAGUUCAUUCUGGAAAACUGAUGGGACAAAAACAAACACUCAAACUAACAAGUUAAGAUGUAAACAUGGGACGUACUGUUGAACCGCCAUCGUACGUGUUGGUGGCCGAUGGUGAACAUGAGGUGGAACUUGCUAAACAGGGUCGCUUUACUACACACGUUCGAAUGCCAUAACCACCUCAUCCUCCAUCCUCUCUUUGACUGUUAACAAAUUCAAUAAAUGCAGCUUAUUUGUGCUUGCAGACUUUAAACAAACAUAUAAAUAUAUUUGUAUUUAUAUAUAAAUAUAAAUCUAUAUGGGUACCAAUAAUAUGAAAUAUUAAUAAUUUGUUUUACCAUGAAUAAGCUGUAGCUUAUUAGCCUAACAUUUUGACUGCUAUUGAUCGCUUUAAUUCUUGACUGUUACGUGUAUUUUUUUAUUGAUUUUACAUAAAUACAGAACUAUUGCUAUUUAAUAACAGAAGUUAAGUGUUUCGGGGGAAGGGGAAGACCUAUAUUAUGCAGGACUCGCUCAGCCAGUUGCCUCUCCAUUUUAAUUUUUCCAAGAGAAGUGGUUUCGUUUUAUCGGAUUCAUCCUGAACGAGAGAGAUUCACGCACAUUAAAUAUCUCCACGUGGUGAUGAGUGACAUGCGUUUUCGUCCUGCCUUCGUACGCCCGAGGGUUUCCGACACGCGUCACGUGUGUGUGUGUGUGUGUGCGCGUGUACGUCUGCCAGCAUGUGUUUUUACCGACGGUUACCAGUGGCCAUACAAAAGACGACACAUAAAUAUACCUCAUGAACUUUCAUCCACAUCCGAGCGCACUCUUUUUGGGAUGGGUGGGGCGGGGGGUGCAUAAGAGCGUAAGAACAAUGCCUUACACUACGUUUGAAUGUAUCGGCAUUUAUCUGUGAAAGUGAUGGCUUAGCGCACAGAAACCAGAGGCAGCUUCAAACAAAACCUGAAAUAGAACCAACCGAUCAACCAAUCAUCACACAUCCGAAAACAAUGGCUUACUCAUUGGAUACGGAGAGCGUUUUAGUGGAAACCUACACUCGGCAUCUCUUUAUCACUUCAGACGUGUCAUUGUAUCGUGAAACACAUUUCUGUUGUGACUAUGUAGCGAGCUAUCCGAAUUUUCAUGCUCAAAGCCGUGGAGAAAACACUAGGAAAAGCCAGACCUUGCAGUGAGAUACUGUAAAUAAACAUAGGUGUUUACUGUAUUUAAUAACAUUUAUGACUGUUAUCUCCUUACUUAUAAGAAAAAAAAUGCUAAUAUUAUAUACUAUGAGUAACUGUCAUGUUACUUCACUGGCCUAACUGCGUCUUGGCUGGCUGUUGUGGGGAAAAAUGUCUGGGGAACAUUCAGAUGGACUUACGUGCACUGCGUCUAUAUGCACUUUGAUUUAUCAGGGAAACUUUAUUAAUGUUUUGUAAAUGUUUAAUAUAUGACACUUGUAUGUGCCAUGCCAGUUUUUACAUCAUCAUGGAAAUCCUGUAUUUUAUUUAACCAAUGACCUAUUUAUUUAUUUACCUGUUCAUCUGAAUUACCGAUGGAUUAAUUGUUCUCAAAGUAAUGAAGUGUUUAACCAAAGUUACUGUGAACUUGUACCUUUCAAUACAGUUAUUUAUUUUUCUGAAGAAGACAACUCUAUCUGUAUGUUUAAAUGGGGGUGGGGGUGCAUUUCAUUGUUUCAGUUUCUGUCAUGAUCAACUGCAAAAGUAGGAAUAAAAAAAGUGUUAUAAAAAUGGAAAAAAAAAAAAAAAAAACAGAAUUGCUUUGUCCUGACUACGUUGUCGCUCUGCUUUCUGUCUGUUUCCCUUUCACCUGGAAUUCUUAGUUUUGCAGGGUUUUUUCGUAUUUCAGUUGUGUUAUGAAUAUAAGGCUUACCGUAGUGAAUCUGGGUCAAUACACUGAUAUUUGCCACAUAUUCACAGAAUCGUGGGUUUUUGUAGUGCAAUUAACAAUUUGUUUUAAAUGUACAUUUUCUGUUGUGGUGUAAAACAGUUGUUUUUUUUGUAUAUAUCUGCAUCAUACUGAUAUAUGCAGAUACAUACUCUGCUCACAGCUGUCAGCCACUGAAAAUCCCUUUGAUGAUCACCGAUUUUUGGAGGAUCUUGCUAAAUGUUUUAGCUAAUGAUUAUAUAAAUAAAUAUAAUCCACUUUCGAAAAGACAAACAACCACAUUCAUAGUCCAUAAAUAACCACGUUCACAAGGAAGUUAUUAUUUUGAAAAGAAAACUGCAUGUUAACCAAUUCAUCCUAACACAUUUAUCCCUCUGUUAUGCAUCUAUACGCCUGUCUUUGCCGACUUUCACUUUUCAAUUAGAUUUUUUUUUUCAUUUCUUCUUUUUUCUUACUCAAACUUCUGAAAAGCAUGAAAAGAAAUGUUUCUGCUGCACAUAUCCUUAUUAAACUCCUCAUCGUAGAUUAUAAAAAAUGGCAAUGUGAUCGUUACCUUAAAAAGUUUUUUUCUGCUUGAUCUGCCCUCAUUUUAUCGUUGCGGUGACGUUAAAUCGUGUAUUUGCCUUCAAUUUGAUUUCAGUGUACAUGCAUAUCAUGGUCGCUCUC